CUGCGCCUCCACGCUGCUCUCCUCCAAGCUCAAUUUGGGCCAAUUUUUUCCCCCCAGAAUGGGAAGGAAACGCAGCUUUUUGGUUAAAACCCCCGUGAUUUUAUAACUUGAGCUGCACGGAGCAAAUUGAGCCCAGAUCAGGUGAGACCCCAAAACCCCCGCGGGCUCGGAGCGCCGCCGGCCCCGCCGCGAUGGCGUCGCCGGCCGUCAGCCCCGACUCGUCGUCGCACGAAGCCCUCUCCUCCGUCCACUCGGCCCCGGCGUGCUCGCCCACCUCCGACUCGGAGAACCUCAGCCCCGACGAGCUGGAGCUGCUGGCCAAGCUGGAGGAGCAGAACCGGCUGCUGGAGGCCGACUCCAAGUCGAUGCGCUCCAUGAACGGCUCGCGAAGGAACAGCGGCUCCUCCUUGGUCUCCAGUUCCUCGGCCUCCUCCAACCUCAGCCACCUCGAGGAGGACACCUGGAUCCUCUGGGGCCGCAUCGUCAACGAGUGGGACGAGUGGCGGAAGAAGAAGGAGAAGCUGCUGAAGGAGCUCAUCCGCAAAGGGAUCCCCCACCACUUCCGCGCCAUCGUCUGGCAGCUGCUCUGCAGUGCCACCGACAUGCCCGUCAAAAACCAGUACUCGGAGCUGCUCAAGAUGUCCUCGCCCUGCGAGAAGCUCAUCCGCCGCGACAUCGCCCGCACCUACCCGGAGCACGAGUUCUUCAAGGGCCAGGACAGCCUGGGCCAGGAGGUGCUCUUCAACGUCAUGAAGGCUUAUUCGCUGGUGGACCGGGAGGUUGGAUACUGCCAAGGCAGCGCCUUCAUCGUGGGACUGCUGCUCAUGCAGAUGCCCGAGGAGGAGGCCUUCUGCGUGUUCGUGAGGCUGAUGCAGGAGUACCGCUUGCGGGAGCUCUUCAAACCCAGCAUGGCCGAGCUGGGACUCUGCAUCUACCAGUUCGAGUACAUGCUGCAGGAGCAGCUGCCGGAGCUGAACAUCCACUUUCGGUCGCAGAGCUUCCUCACCUCCAUGUACGCCUCGUCCUGGUUCCUCACCCUCUUCCUCACCACCUUCCCCCUGCCCGUGGCCACGCGCGUCUUCGACAUCUUCAUGUACGAGGGGCUGGAGAUCGUCUUCCGCGUGGGGAUGGCGCUGCUGCAGUUCAACCAGGCCGAGCUCGUGCAGCUGGACAUGGAGGGCAUGUCCCAGUACUUCCAGAAGGUGAUCCCGCAUCAGUUUGACAGCUGCCCCGACAAGCUCAUCCUCAGGGCCUUCCAGGUCAAGUACAACCCCAAGAAGAUGAAGAGGCUGGAGAAGGAGUACGCCGCCAUCAAGAACAAGGAGAUGGAGGAGCAGAUCGAGAUCAAGGUGAGACGGGGUCGUGCAGCAGCGGCCUGGGGCCGGCUCAGUCACCCCCCUGGGGACAUCAGCACCCCCCCAAGACUGAUUCUUCCCGGAUUUCUUCCCCAUUUUCUUCCCCAGCGCCUCCGCACCGAGAACCGCCUGCUGAAGCAGCGCAUUGAAACCCUGGAGAAGGAGAGCGCGGCUCUCGCCGACAGGCUCAUCCAGGGCCAGGUGACGCGGGCGCAGGAGGCGGAGGAGAACUACAUCAUCAAGCGGGAGCUGGCAGUGGUGAAGCAGCGCUGCACCUCGGCCACCGAAAACCUCCAGCGCGCCCAGAGCACCAUCCGCCAGCUGCAGGACCAGCAGGGGAACCCGCGGUUCAGCGAGGAGUUCGUCACCCACCUGGAGACGGAGCUGGAGCAGUCGCGGCUGCGGGAGAGCGAGACGCUCGGCGCCCUCAAGGAGAUGCAGGACAAAGUGCUCGACAUGGAGAAGAGGAGCAGCCUCCUGCCGGACGAGGACAACGUGGUGAGGCUGCAGGAGGAGCUGCAGGCGCUGGCGCUGCGCGAGGCCGAGGCCGUCAAGUCCCUGACGGAGCUGCAGCAGCAGGUGAAGGACCUCAGCGACAGCUGGCAGGCGGGCCGCGCGGGCGGGCGCUGGAAGGAGUCCCCGCGGCGCAGCAACGCCAACGCGCUGCAGGAGGCCGUGGUGGCGGCGCGGCUGCGCGAGGCCCAGGCCCAGGCCGAGCUGCGGGCGCUGCGGCAGCGGGUGCUGCAGCUGGAGACACAGGGCCAGAUCCAGCGCACGGUGCUGGGCCGCGCCGAGCAGACGUGCGCGGGGCUGCGGGAGCAGCUGCGGCUGGCGGCGGCGCAGAGCAAGGGGCUGCAGGCGCAGCUCAGCGAGAGCCACCGCAAGCACGCCGAGGCCCAGUGCAAGAGCAAGGAGGAGGUGAUGGCGGUGCGGCUGCGCGAGGCCGACAGCAUGGCCGCCCUGGCCGAGAUGCGGCAGCGCGUCGCCGAGCUGGAGAUCCAGAGGGAGGAGGGGAUGCUCCAGGGGCAGCUCAACCACUCGGACGCCGCCCAGUACAUCCGGCAGCUCAAGGACCACAUCGACGAGCUCAAGGCCGAGAUCCGGCUGCUGCGGGGCCCGCUGUCCUUCGGGGCGGUGGCGCUGGGGCCGCGCCUGGGGGACGAGGACUCGCUGGGCUCCUCGGACGAGGAGCUGCCACCGCCCUUCGCGCUGCCCCGCGGGGACCUCGGGGACCUCGGCGACAUGGGUGACAGCAGCGACAGCGACACCGAGGGGGCCCCCACGGCGCCGUGACCUGCGGGGGACGCUGGUGGCACCGCCACCCACGGGGACACGGAGGGGGGGCUUCGGGGACAGCAGCGGCACCGCGUCCUCGGGGA